CUCAGCAAAGCCCUAUCUAUAGCCUAUCAGAAACCUCCUCUGCAGCUUCAUUUCCCUCCCCAGGGCUGCUAGAGUUUAUCUCCCUGAAUUUGGCUAGAAUUGAUUAAGUCCUUCCUGCCUGAACCUCAGGGAAUAAGAAAGCUCAGAUUACUAACUGGUCCUACUUUCCAUGCCAAGUCCCCAAGAUAUCCCUGGUUAGAAAAGUGUUGGUGAGUGCCUGGGACUUCUUGAAGAUUGUCCGGCAGGCGUGGGAUUCCUUAGGAUAUGGCCCAUAGUGCCAUACUGGCCUGGGUCUGGGUCCUGGCUCUGGGAGUGAUUCCAGGGGUCCAAGCUGGCUGUGCCGAUCUCGGUCGCUGCUGUCCGGGCCGGGACUUGACGUGCGUUUCCCGGGGCUGGACAGAGGCAGGUCUCUCUCUGGAGCCCCAUCCCUGCUACUGCGACCAGGCAUGCAGCGGAGCAGGGGACUGCUGCCCAGAUUAUGGGAGUGCCUGCCCAGGCUGGUCCCUUCUAGACUAUACUUGGAAAACCAUCUGCCUAGAACAGCAGGACUCUUCUAUCUGUAUACAUCUGGUACCUGUACCUAACUGGCACACAUCAGCAAUCAUCCCACACAUACCUGCAAGGGUGGAUCCUCAGGGACUCAGGAGCAUCAUAACUACUUCUGCCUGGCAUUCUUAUAUACAUUUUACAGCUGUGACCUGCGUGGUGUCAGAGUGGAGUGGUUGGAGCCGGUGUAUUGAACCCUGCACUGUCACUUUUCGAGUUCGAAGGAGAGAAGUUCUAAGAGAGCCAAGGAAUGGCGGUGGUCCGUGCCCUGCACUGGAAGAGAGGGCUGGUUGUGUGGAAUACUGGAGUGAUGAGGGUGUGGAGUGCAAACAGGCCCUGAUCCCAGCACUCAUAACCACUGGGGCCUUCAGGACUGGGAGGAAAAAGAGGGCCGUGGCCCUUGAGAGAAAGUCAGCUGGGUAUUGUGUCAUGUUCGAGCUUGUGACCAUCACUGUGGGCUGCUUUCAGACAAGAGCCCCCUACACUCAGUGGAUGAGGUACCUCAGCCAAGGGCACACGGUCUGUGUGUUGUGUGAGCCACCUGCACUGGAUAUGAGAAGCCUUCGGUGCUAUGGGGAUGGUGAAGGAUCCAAAGGGGACCAGCUGCUUCAGUGGCAGGCCGUUGGCAAUCCCAGCUGUAGAGGGACCUGGAAGAGAUUUCAACAGCUGGAAGCCUGCUCCUGCCCUGCUGUCCACAGCUUCCUGUUUGUUUAGGGGCCAUGAACUUCUGCUAUCCACCCACAGAGAGCCUCUGAGCUUUGGGAUAAUGGCAGACAGUACUCUCUCCCUACCUUUCCCUCUCCCAGACUGAAAACACCCCUUAUUUUACAUUGUGGUCAUGUGAAGUCAUAAAAAACACUGGAACUCUCCACCCCCACUCCUUUUUCUCUUUUUUUUCCUUCUGUUCUUUUCUUUACACCAGUGCGGCCUGAAACAUUACUGUAAAGAAUAAAGCUGUUUCAGAGAAACACA